CGGGACUUGAUUUACGCGCAAUGCGUCUACUCCGAUGGCGGCUACAUCUUGGAUUUUGACAAGAACAAGCUCAAGUGCGCUAAUGGAGAAUCGAUCGAUCUCAUGCUCACCUGCAAGCGGGUUGCGAGGGAAGCUAUGGGUAUACCUUUAUCAACUAAUACUCUCAACUUUUCGGCUGUCUGUUCAGAGGAGCAUCGAGUUACAGCUGGACGCUUUGAUAAUUUCUUGAAUAUUUUACACCAAUGGCAAGGCGCCAAAGUGAACGACAUCUUUCCGGACACUAUCAUCAUCCCUGACGACAUAUGGAACGAACUUUCAGAAAUCAACCCCAAAUUCGCACCAUACGUCGAACUACUCAAACAACGAACCCAAUGCUUGGCAAGUUUCAGAAGAUGGACGUCGUCAACUGGGCCGCCCGGAUCCUGCGGCGAAACACCAUCGACAUUUCGCAAGUGGGUGUGUUCUGUCCUGCAGACUCUUUGGAAGCACCGACAUCGUUUCGGCGAGGAAAAUUUCGCUCUUUUUGAAGCGGGGUCGGGCUGGGGUCCGGGUUCUUAUAGAAAGACCCAGAUUUCAAGGCUUGUCAACGUCAAUCUCGAUCCGUGGGAGAUUCCAUCCUCCUCGAAGGCAAGCCUGGGUGAAACCUUUGAACAUCGAUUUUCCGAGACGUGGGACUCCAGCCUUCAUGGUGAUCCCUAUGACAAGAGUCAAGUCAAGCACCACUACUCUGCUGCGGCUGUCGCUGUACGUUUCCUGGCAUGCCUGCCCUUGGCCUGUCGCCUGAACAUACGGAAUAUCGUCCUCGAUGAGAACCGGUACGCCGUUGGUCGUGCUGAGAGUCAUGGUUUGGGUCUUAUCCCAUACUGUCAAGAAAACCCGCGUCUUCGUGUGGAACGUCGAGCGAAUAUGUGGCGGACUGUGUUUCAGUCUAUGACUGGAAAUCGAGAGCCGGGGCACACUGUUCCUUACAAAAACCAAGAGAUGGAACAUCUCUAUGCGCCAUCAAUUUCAGAUAGUGUGGCGGUGUGGGUGCUUGAAGCGCUAGAGCUCGAACGCGCCGGCAUGCCCGCUGGCUCAUUUUCUUUGGUCUUUGAGGGAGACUCGAUUUGUCCGCAGAUCUUUCAAAACGUCGUCCAACGUGAUGCCGCAUGGCAGGCAGCCGUUGACCUUUGUUUAGAGCGCAAGAUUCUGCCCGCGUUGUCUUGGGGCGAGAGGCGAAGCGACCCAAGGAAUAACAUACGGUCACGCGCGCUCGGGGAGUAUCCUGGCAGAGAUAAUAUGUGGUACUUGUUUGAGAACUUUCCGCAAGCAAUACGCGACAUUACAUCUGGCAACUCCAUCGUCAGAUGCAACUUCGAUGUGGGCAAAGCUUUGGACCCAGAGGUGUUGGUCAGAGAGCACAGAUACUGGAAAAUGGAUGAUUGGAAGGAAGGCUGGUGGAGUCACAAUCCUGAAUCCUUUCAACCGGACUCGGGGAGCUGGCUUCAGCUCCUCUGCGACAAUAGUUACCAAUCGGAUCUACCACUUGAUUAA